GCUUUCCCAUGACUGAGAGCUGUGGAGAGGCUUUUGCCCCAGGCAGCAGCAUUCCUGCUGGAAAAGAGCACCUGGAAACAGCCAGUGGUGGUCAACACAGAGAAGAUGGAUCCUGGGACAUUGCUCUCAUAAGGGGUCCAGGUGAUCUACCAGGAUCCACCUCUUCUGAUGGGAAUGUUGUGCCUGAGGCUAGCACUGAGCCCAAGACCCCUGCCACGCUGGGGACUGAAAGGAGGCCCAAAGCUGCUGUCCAAAUAGCAGAAAUGCAAAAUGUCCCAGGUCAUCAGGGUGCCCCAAAGCCACCGGAGCCUAGCAAAGUGGCAGGAGCUGCUGAGGGAGCAGAAGGUGACAUCACAUUGAACACAGCAGAGAUGUGGGCACGUGCCUCUGGCGACCUACUUGAAACAGGUACUACAAGGAUGCUUUCCGGUGUGGAUGGUGACUCAGAGCUGCCUGGGAGCUGUCAGGACCCAGGAUGGGUUAACAGGGCUCAGUCAAUGGCAGACGCGGGCACCCUGCAGGAGGACAGCCAGACUGGGUACCAGCAGGACAAGGAACAGCUGGGGCCUCAUCUCCAUGAGAAGAUGGAUAUCUCCUCACCCCCAGAGCCUGGUAAAACCGGAGACCAGAAGCUGCACCUGUUGGUUCCAGAAGUCCACACUGACAGAACGAGCCUCAGGCCUAACUCAUCCACUUCACCUUUAGUUCCUGAGAAGGAUGCUCCAAGAGUAACCUCAGAUGGGGCCAGAGGUUCAGCAGGACCAGAAAGCUCCCCUAUAACUGAUGAUGCUACCCAGUCAGCUGCUCCCACAGACCCAGGAAACUUGCCCUUAGCUGCCUCUUCCCAUUAUGGUGACACUGCCGGCCUGGUCCCUAUGGACCUGACAGCCCAGAGGAGUUCCGACUCUGAAGAAGCCUUUGAGACCCCGGAGUCGACAACCCCUGUCAAAGCACCACCAGCCCCACCCCCUCCACCCCCUGAAGUCAUUCCAGAGCCUGAAGUCAGCACUCCACCAGCCCCUGAAGAACCAGGAUGCACUUCUGAGACGGUUGAGGUUCCUGAUGGCCCUCACAGUGACUCGGUGGAAGGAAGUCCUUUCCGUCCUCCCCACUCCUCCUCAGCUGUGUUCGAUGAAGACAAGCCGAUAGCCAGCAGCGGGACUUACAACUUAGACUUUGACAGCAUCGAGCUGGUAGAUAACUUUCAGAGCUUGGAGCCCCGCUCCGCAGAUUGUAAGGGUCAGGAGUACAAGGUGAGCACUCGGAGGAAGUCCACUGAGUCUGUGCCUGCCUCCAAGUCCACGCUGUCUCGGUCGCUCAGCCUGCAAGCCAGUGACUUUGAUGGUGCUUCCUGCCCAGGUAGCCCUGAAACGGGGGCCCUCGCCGUAGAUGCAUGCAGCACAGGGUCCAACAGUGCUUCCAGCACCCUUAAGCGAACUAAAAAAACACGGCCACCUUCCUUAAAAAAGAAACAGGCCACCAAGAAACCCACAGAACCUCCCCCAGUGAAGGAGACCCAGCCGGAGCCAGGAGAAGAGAGUCCAGUUCCCAGAGAGGAGAACUUAGCAUCAGAGGCAAAGACGGAGUUAGCCACAAAAGAGGGCUCUGGGUGCACCUUGGAGGAGACGCCCCUGGAGCCCGCUGCUGUGCCCACAGCCACCUGUCCUCCAGCUUUGGAGGGCGUAGAAGACAUCAGCCCUCCGGUUUCCGGAGGAGGCAGAGUUCAGAACUCACCCCCAGUGGGGAGGAAAUCAGUGCCUCUUACCACGGCCCCUGAGGCAGUGGAAGUGACCCCAUCAGACAGCGGGGGGCAAGAGGACUCCCCCGCCAAAGGGCUGUCGGUGAGGCUGGAGUUCGACUAUUCUGAGGACAAGGGCAGUUGGGACAAUCAGCAGGAAAACGCCCCUCCUACCAAAAAGAUAGGCAAGAAGCCAGUUGCCAAAAUGCCCCUAAGGAGGCCAAAGAUGAAAAAGACACCCGAGAAACUCGACAACACUCCUGCCUCACCUCCCAGAUCCCCCGCCGAACCCAAUGACAUCCCUAUUGCUAAAGGUACCUACACCUUUGAUAUAGACAAGUGGGAUGACCCCAAUUUUAACCCUUUUUCUUCCACCUCAAAAAUGCAGGAGUCUCCCAAACUGCCCCAACAGUCAUACAACUUUGACCCCGAUGCCUGUGAUGAGUCCCUUGACCCUUUUAAGACAUCCUCUAAGACCCCCAGCUCACCUUCCAAAUCCCCAGCCUCCUUUGAGAUCCCAGCCAGCACCAUCGAAGCCAAUGGAAUGGAUGGGGACGGGCUAAAUAAGCCCGCCAAGAAGAAGAAGACACCCCUGAAGACUGACACAUUUAGGGUGAAGAAGUCCCCAAAGCGGUCUCCUCUCUCCGAUCCACCUUCUCAGGACUCCACUCCAGCUGCCACACCUGAAGCACCACCAGUGAUCUCCGCAGUGGUCCACGCCACGGACGAGGAAAAGCUGGCAGUCACCAACCAGAAGUGGACGUGCGUGACAGUGGACCUGGAAGCUGACAAACAGGACUUCCCACAGCCCUCCGACCUAUCUAACUUCGUAAAUGAGACCAAAUUCAAUUCACCCUCGGAGGACUUGGAUUACAGAAACUCCUAUGAAAUUGAAUACAUGGAAAAGCUUGGCCCCUCUGUGCCUCAGGAUGAUGACGCUCCGAAGAAGCAGGCCUUGUACCUUAUGUUUGACACUUCUCAGGAGAGUCCUGUCAAGUCUCCUCCGGUCCGGAUGUCGGACUCCCCAACGCCAUGUUCAGGGUCAAGUUUUGAGGACACAGAAGCCCUUGUGAAUGCUGCAACUAAACUCCAGCAUCCUGUCACACGCGGACUGGCCUCCAACCAGGAGCCACUCUUGCAGGUGCCAGAGAAAUCCUCCCAGAAGGAGCUGGAGGCCAUGACCUUGGGCACCCCUGCAGAGGCGAUUGAAAUCAGAGAAGCUGCUCUCCCUCCAGAUGUCUCUAUCUCCAAAACUGCCUUGUACACCCGCAUCGGACCUACAGAGGUGGAAAAACCCACAAGCCUUCUGUUCCAGCAGCCCGAUUUGGACUCUGCGCUCCAAGUUGCCAGAGCAGAGGUCAUCACCAAGGAGAGAGAAGUCUCAGAGUGGAGGGACAAAUAUGAAGAAAGCAGGCGGGAAGUGAUGGAGAUGAGAAAAAUCGUGGCUGAGUAUGAGAAGACCAUCGCACAGAUGAUCGAGGACGAACAGAGAGAAAAGUCAGUCUCCCACCAAACGGUGCAGCAGCUGGUCCUGGAGAAGGAACAAGCCCUGGCUGACCUGAACUCUGUGGAGAAGUCUCUGGCUGACCUCUUCAGGAGAUACGAGAAGAUGAAGGAAGUCCUGGAAGGCUUCCGCAAGAAUGAAGAGGUGCUGAAGAAGUGUGCACAGGAGUACCUGUCCCGAGUGAAGAAAGAGGAACAGAGGUACCAGGCAUUGAAGGUGCACGCGGAAGAGAAGCUAGACAGAGCCAAUGCUGAGAUUGCCCAGGUUCGAGGCAAGGCCCAGCAGGAGCAGGCAGCCUACCAGGCCAGCCUGCGGAAAGAGCAGCUGCGAGUGGACGCUCUAGAAAGAACACUGGAGCAGAAGAAUAAAGAGAUAGAAGAGCUCACCAAGAUUUGUGAUGAACUGAUUGCCAAAAUGGGGAAAAGCUAACUUUAAACCAAAUGCUUGGACUUGACCGUUGCGUGCAAUAUGAGCGUCGGCACACUGCUGUCCUUCCGGUACCGUGGACAGGUUCUGUUUUCACUUUUUGUAUGCACUACUGUAUCUCCUCUCUAAAUAAAGGUGAUUUGAUUGUAUGCAGUCCUGAGGAGACCUAGCAGGAUUUCUUGCUAUUGGUUUGCAUUUUCCUAGAAUUAUUCAUAGCAAGUUGACCUCAGAGUUCCUGUAUCAGGGAGAUUGUCUGAUCCUCUAAUAAAAGACAAAUUGCUGACCUUGGCCUUGCCCUUUGGACAUGAAUCCCCCAGGGUGAGCAGCUUCUGAUUUAAUAUGAACAUGCACAGCCUGCAUAGGGACUCUUGCCUUAAGGAGUGUACACUUGAUCUGCAUUUGCUGAUUUGUUUAAAAAAAUGCAUGUUUCAAAUAAAAUUCUCUAUUGUAAAUAAA